AUGUCUUCUCUUCCUCCAGUUUACAUCGUCUCCUCUGCUCGUACGCCGGUAGGAUCUUUCCUAGGCGCUCUCUCCAGUCUCACUGCCCCGCAGCUGGGCUCCCACGCUAUCAAAGACCCGUCUCAUGUAGCGGCUGUUGAGCGUGCGGGAAUUAAGCCGUCCGAUGUUGAGGAGGUCUUCUUUGGAAACGUCCUCUCCGCGAAUGUUGGACAGAACCCUGCCAGACAAUCUGCUAUCGGCGCUGGUCUCGAGGACUCGACCGUGUGCACGACUGUCAACAAGGUGUGCGCAUCCGCUCUGAAGGCUGUCAUCCUCGGAGCGCAGACGAUCAUGACUGGCACUGCUGACAUCGUCGUCGCCGGUGGUACGGAAUCUAUGUCCAACACGCCGCACUAUCUCCCCAAUUUGCGCACUGGUGCGAAAUAUGGCAAUCAGAGCUUGGUGGACGGUAUCAUGAAGGAUGGUCUGACUGAUGCCUACGGCAAAAAGGAGCUUAUGGGCCUCGCUGCUGAAGAGUGUGCUCAGGAUCACAGCUUCACCCGUGAACAGCAGGAUGACUAUGCCAUUCGCAGCUACGAGAAAGCUCAAGCUGCACAGAAGGCAGGCCUGUUCGAUGCGGAGAUUGUUCCUAUUGAGCUGCCUGGUUUCAGGGGCAAGCCAGGUGUGACGGUUUCCCAGGAUGAGGAGCCUAAGAACCUUAACCCUGAGAAGCUUCGCGCGAUUAAGCCCGCCUUCAUUCCCGGCUCCGGCACGGUUACAGCCCCCAAUGCGUCACCACUCAAUGACGGCGCUGCAGCUGUGGUUCUCGUUUCCGAAGCUAAGCUGAAGGAGCUUAACCUGAAGCCCAUUGCUAAGAUCCUUGGCUGGGGAGAUGCUGCUCACGCACCCAGCAAGUUCACCACGGCCCCGGCUCUGGCCAUUCCUAAAGCCCUGAAGCACGCUGGCGUGUCGCAGGAUGCUAUUGACGCUUUCGAAAUCAACGAGGCUUUCAGCGUCGUGGCCCUCGCAAACAUGAAGUUGUUGGGAUUGUCGGAGGAAAAGGUCAACAUGCACGGUGGUGCUGUUGCGAUUGGCCACCCUCUCGGUGCCAGUGGUGCCCGUAUCCUGACGACGCUCCUGGGUGUCCUGAAGGCCAAGAAGGGCAAACUUGGCGUUGCUGGAAUCUGCAACGGGGGCGGUGGUGCCAGUGCCCUCGUUAUUGAGUCGCUGCAGUAAACGACACUUUCGAAGAACUUUAUGGUGUUCGAGAUCUGCCUUUAGAGAGGCACGAUGGAUAUGACUUUGGCGCAUUUAUAUAACUUGUAAUUAGGUUUAACAGCAUAUGGCUGGUUUGCCGUUGUUCUACAGUGGGAGCGUACGAGCCAUGGAGCCAUGCAACUGGAACAUGAAAUAUAGAACGCAGUUCGACGCCGAUUCCACAAAUUCCCCCAUACCAUGUCCCGAUGAAGAUUGUUCUUCCGUCACUUCCAUGUUCACCACCUUUAGUACGUACGUAGAUAGAACGCGAUAUUUUAUCAUUUCCCAUGUCUAUU